CAGUCUUUUUCGAAGAGGACGAGGAGGGAGAGGAAGAGGAGAGGGAGGGCUCUGUUUGCCGUCCUGUCGUGUUCGGCUAUGUUUCUGUCCUGUCCUGCUCUGUUUCUUCUGCUCCAUCGUUCGUGCAGACUUUUAAUGUCUCCAGGUUUCAAGGCCCAGCCCAUUCCUCCCUCAGGCUGCUUCCUCCGUCUCUCUCCCCCUCCCCUUCUCCGACUGAGAAGCUCGUGCUCUGCGCUCUGUGCUCCGCCGGAAAGUGGCGUCGCCAUCCUCCACGCGGCGAGCUAAGCCGCGUAAGCUCCGCAACAGAAGGCGGGGAUGGAUGUUGAAGCGUGCAGUGCGGCUCAUUCGAUCACUGAAGCGAAAGAAUUGGCACCUAGCAGCUGCGGUAGAUAGGACGGUGAAGGUGAUUACCGAGGAAUGGCAUUUCAUCUGAGUGUUAAGCAGGCUAUCAGAUUUUCUUCCAUGGCUAUCGGGAAGAGAAACGUGACUUUUCUCCAUCUUCGAUACUCUUGCUGCAGGGUGACAAUCUGAUAAUAUCUGGGAGCUAGUAAAAAUGGUGAAUUUCAUGGUUUUCUGUUGUUUGCGCGAUUCCAGUAGAAGAACGUUGUAUCCACCAUUUCCGCCGGUUGUAUUUCGGCACUUCUCCUUAUGGUCAAUGAAGAAGGAUCCAGACCUCGAGUCGGCCCUGUCGAGGAACCGGCGGUGGAUAGUCAACAACCAGAUUAAGAAUAUAAUACUUAGAUGCCCCCAUCAGGUGGCACCUGUCAAAUUUCUUCAGAAGAAGUUUAAGACACUCGAUCUCCAGGGGAAAGCUCUCAACUGGCUGAAAAAAUAUCCAUGUUGCUUCGAGGUCUAUCUCAGGCACGACGAGUACUACUGCCAGUUAACGAAGCCGAUGAUGCAUUUGGUAGAUGAAGAGGAAUGUGUGAAAGAUAUGCAAGGGCCAGUUUAUGUAGAGAGACUGGCAAGGUUGUUGAUGAUGAGCACAAACCAGAGACUUAAUGUUGUGAAGCUCAACGAGUUGAAGCGGAACUUUGGGUUUCCCGAUGAUUAUGUUAUCAGGAUUGUUGCAAAGUACGGGGACAUGUUUCGGAUUGUUAAUCACAGUGGAAGAAAGAGUUCUAUGGAGAUUGAGCUAGUAUCUUGGAAACCCGAUAUCGCGAUCUCGUCAGUCGAGGCUUUGGCUCAAAAGCAGGGGUCUGAGCCUCGUUUUUCAUGUUCGUUGCCAUCCACUUGGGUGAAGUCAUGGGAGAGGUUUCAUGCAUUUAAUGCAACACCUUAUAUCUCACCAUACUCUGAUCCCAGUGGUUUAGUCGAGGGGUCGAAGGAACUGGAGAAGAGGAGUGUUGCUUUGGUGCAUGAGCUCCUGUCACUGACCCUGUGGAAGAAAGCAUCAAUUGUGAAGCUCGCUCACUUUAGGAGAGAGUUUUGUCUUCCAGAGAAACUGAAUGUAAUGCUCUUAAAGCACCCGGGCAUUUUCUAUGUUUCGAACAAAUAUCAGAUAUACACAGUUCUUCUUCGAGAAGGAUAUAACGGGUCGGAUCUGAUCGAGAAGGAUCCACUUGUAGUCGUGAAGGAGAAAUUUGGGGAGUUGAUGCAGGAGGGAUCUCAUGAAUAUAACCGAAGGCGUUAUUUGGUGAACCUAGAAAAGAAGAGGAAAAAUGGUAUGCUUAUGGGUAGACUAGAGAAGAGGCGGGAUACAUCUGGUGAAGUUUCGGAGCAAGACAACCAAGGGGAUAAACUUGGUGGCUUGUUUGAUCCUGAAGAACGAAAGCGGUUCUAUAAAGUUUUGUUUGAGGAUAACCCCCCUGAGACUUGAUGGAGGCAGGAGAGGAGAAGGUGUGCUGGAGAUUUCCAAGAGAGAAAAAAGCAGGUGUGGGAGGACUGCUAAAGAGGAGAAAUAUUCGCACAAAAUCCAUGCAGACCUCAGUCGAGGGCCUUCUGUCUUGGAGCCCAUCGGGCUCUCAACAAAAAUUGACAGAGUUGAUCUUCAGCCUGAGCCAGUUUCCCAAGCAUCAAUGGCUGAGAAGAAAGUUGACGAUACAAUCUGCGGCUGCAAAAGAAGGAAGAUAAAGGAGAUGCGAAGAAAGCAGCUGCAUAAGAAAAGCCAGAUUAAGUGAAGGCAGUAGUGGCACAACCUAGGAAAAAGACUUGAGCCUAGUACAAGGACUUCUCGGCAUCAUUCCACGGGUGUGAGUUCAUAUGCGAACUUUCCGUUUUUGAGGAGGAAAGUGAAGAAAGAACGGAUGCAGAAGUCGAAAGAACUGUAUUUGGUUUUAGAGUUAAGUAGAGGUAAAUUUUAAUUUUAAUUGGAUUGUAAUGAUUGUGUUGUUGAAUUAUGAGUAAAAAUUAUGAAAAAGUAAUAAAUAGUUUAGAUAAUUUAGUAUUAAAAAUUGAAUUGAGUUUAGUGUAGUUAUAUGUGUGUUUAUAUAUGGGGCUUACCUUUUUGAAUUGAAA